ACUGCUGUCAAAAGAGUCAAACACAAAACCAGACGAACAAAACAAAACUGUUGAACAAAAAUUAAAAUUUUAAUUUCUCAUCUGUAAUCGCCCAAAAUGUUCCAAAUAAAUUGUCGGCUCAUAAGUUAUUAAACGCGAUCUAUUUAUUCUUUCGUCAUAUAAGAUAAUUCAUCGCAGCUCACCAUUCAUCACGAGGUUAUCAAAUACAGCAAGACUUAGCGUUUUGGGGUUCGAAUUUCACACAUUCGACGCAAACUCCAACGUCAACGAAAACGGAUAUCCUGCAAGUGUCUGGUUCGAUGACCUGAUAGUGCAACGUGUGGCCAACAAUCGUGGUUUUUUCCAGAUGACCCAGCUAGUGUGACCCCGGAAAUGCUGCAAACUUUGGCUCUGCGAUGGUUCCGUCGUUACAAAGUAUUCUUCCUCAUUGGCCUACUGAUUGUGGGAGCGCAGAUAUUUCUGGCCUAUAAACUGCUCAAGAUCCCCGUCUCUGGCAGUGGAAACACCGAAGAGCGGGACUUGAGCAAGCGGCUGUACGAGAAGUAUGUCAAGAGGGUUGCCGGGUCAAAUCUUUCGGCCGACGAUGAGGAUCCCGGCGGGAACCAAGUCGAGCAACAGCAGCAGCCAGCAAAUCCCCGCGGAAAAGAGCAGAGGGAAGUCAGGAAGGAGCAAGGUAGGACAUAUCUCAAUGUGAAUGAAUUAGAGUUUGUACCACCGUGCGACAUCCGGAGCAAGGAAACUAUUUCGGCGGUACACAGAGCGAAGAGUCAAGCAUGCAAGAAACAGAUACUGGACAUUGCUUGCGAGAUUCAGAAAGGGACGUUCUACCCACGAAAGUUGCCCAACUAUUGUCCCAAUGGUGCGUUCGUUCCGAAUCGAGAGCUGGGCUGCUUUCAGGAUGAGAAAAACUUCCGCCUCUUGUCCGGUUAUUACACGAAUUUCAAAACCAACAACUCGCCGCGGCAGUGCAUUCAGCUAUGUUUGCAGUCCGGGUUUCUCUAUGCCGGCGUACAAUACUCGAGUGAAUGUUUCUGCGGAGACGAAUUACCCAAAGCUUCCGCCAAACUUCCAGACUCCAGCUGCAAUAUGAAAUGCUCCGGCGAUCCCAAACAGGCUUGUGGAGGCUAUUUCACGGCUAACGUCUAUGAAACCGGAAUUGCGAAAUUCAGUCCACAGACGACGGAAUUGACAACCAGAGCCGGCGUGGAACCGAUACGAAUUGUGUUCUUGCUCACCUUGAAUGGUCGAGCCCUGCGACAAGUCAAUCGUUUGUUGAAAACUCUCUAUAGUCCUAGACAUUAUUACUUUAUACAUAUCGAUUCGCGUCAAGAGUAUCUUUACCGGGAGUUGCUAAAGUUAGAGCAAUAUUUUCCCAACAUUCGGUUGUCCCGGAACCGCUGGUCUACUAUUUGGGGCGGAGCAUCAUUGCUGCAGAUGUUGCUCGGUUCGAUAGAGUACAUGUUGAAGGAGAUUCCUCACUGGAGAUGGGACUUCGUGCUGAAUUUGAGCGAAAGUGACUUUCCCGUGAAAACAUUGGACAAGUUGGUCAACUUUUUGGGUGCGAACCGGGGUAAGAACUUCGUGCGGAGUCACGGCCGUGAAGUGCAGCGCUUCAUUCAGAAACAGGGCUUGGACCGGACGUUCGUCGAAUGUGAUAACCAUAUGUGGCGUAUUGGCGAUCGAAUAUUGCCGUCCGGGAUUCAGAUCGAUGGAGGCAGCGAUUGGAUUUGCCUGUCGAGAGAGUUCGCUCAAUACGUGACAGAGGGAAGAAAUGAAGAUCCACUCGUGUCCGGGUUGUUAAUUAUUUUUAGACAAACGAUACUGCCAGCGGAGUCGUUCUUUCACACGGUUCUCCGCAAUUCCGAAUUUUGCAAUACGUACGUGGACAAUAAUUUACAUGUGACCAAUUGGAAACGGAGACUAGGCUGCAAAUGUCAAUACAAGCAGAUCGUGGACUGGUGCGGAUGCAGUCCGAACGACUUCAAGCCAGAGGACUGGGCCAAACUGCAGGGUACCGAAGCCAAACAGUUUUAUUUUGCCAGGAAGUUUGAACCCAUCAUCAAUCAGGAAGUGAUUCUACAGUUGGAGGAGUGGGUGAAUGGGCCUUACCCUGCCGAUUAUUUGAAUCUUCACUCGUAUUGGCAAAAUUUCUUCCACAGCGAAGAUAAAUUGGUAACUGUAGAUGGAGCUCUGCUGAAUGUCGUCCACAGUAUUUUGAGGACCAAUGUCAAGGCGGAGUUCAGUCAAUUUCAGGAACCUUUUCGGAUACGAGAGUUGAAUCAUUACUUGGAUCGCGAUCGUUACCGAGGGUUCCUGAUCAAGUACGAGGCUAUGUUGGGAGACGGGGUGGUAUUGUUAGAGACACGUGCUCAGCCAACGUUUUCCGCUCAAGUGUCCAAGUCAGCGGCUCUCGGACGACGGAUAACACAGCUCGAAGUUAGCAGCGAUUUUGAUCAGAAGGAACAAAUCUCGCGUAAUUUCCAAAGGAUUAUCGGAACCAACGCAGACCUGAACCUGAUUUUCCGUUUGGCCGGGUUACGAACAGAAAAGAACACGACCAGCUACGCUUUGACCGUUUUGUGGUUGGACCCCAGAGGAGAACUGGCUGAUACUACCGAAAUUAGUAUUGAAGACACCCCCUCCGGUCCGGCGGAGAAUCUGGUCCAUUUCUGUAGGGCAGCCAAUUUGAAGUCACCUCUUUUGGCGGGAAUUUGGACUGCCAAAUUGGUCCUCAAAAAGGUUUUACUGGGGGUGACUCGCUUUCUGGUCGUCAAUAGUACGAUGCUGGAGGCGGAUAUUCCAAACACAAAUCAGACUACCAAAGAGCAAUUGCUUCGAGAUCAGACAGAGCAGCUAGAUAGGAUAGUGCAACAAUUUUUCAACAUUAAGGAAACCUGUUGGGUGGGGAAGGAAGGGGAAGAAAGACAAGUGGCCCGGCCGGAAGGUCUGGGAGAAUGUAGUGAGACAAACUGGAGCAGUCACGCACCGGAUCCGAAGAGUGAUAUUCACGCUGCUGCAGAUAACAAAUAUCUUGAUGGUGGGAUAGGAUUUCUUUAAGCAUUUAAAUUGCUGUCGGUUGCAAUUUCUUCUGUUAAUAAUUCUAUUUUGUUGUGUUUAGCUGUGUAUUAGUUUUAAGUAAUACCAAGAAAAAAGCAGGAAAUUAAGUUCGUGCCAUUUUCUUUGAGUGUAGCUAAAAUUCAUCAGGGGUGUUAUUAGCUCUAUGAUUGAAAGCCAUUGUCCUUGAGUAAAACUCAAUUUUAAAUCUAAACGAAAUGCAUCGAAAAGAUUGGAUUAAUUGAUAAUACAUCGGUUUAUCGUGUUAGGUGGUUUUAUUUGUGUAGUUAAUUUUAGUUCAAGGGAAUACUCUUGUAUUGACAAAAGAAUAGCAUAAUGAUAUGCGAUAAGUAAUCGCAAAAUUGCAAAAAUGUUAUACCAAAAAAACUUCUAAAAAUUGAAAAAAAUCUUUCAUGACUUACUUUUAUUCAAAUCAUUCUUGAAUAGUAUUCAAAUUCCUACCAAACUUUUACCCAUCUGAUUCUAUAUAUAAAAUAUUUCUUCAGUUCAAAAGGAACAAAUGUUGUAGCAUCUUUAAAAUAAGCCAAAAGGGAGAAAAGUAUUACCAAUGCUUUGUAUCACAAACAUUUAUCAAAAGUUGCAUUUCUGGACGUACUCAUUAAGCCAAGUGAAUCGCUUUUAUUUUCAAAGCAAGCUCAUACUUACCUCCAAGUAGCAGAAACACUAUUUCCCCUCUCAUUUGCUAGCUAUAGAAUAAUAGACUUUUACCAAUCUGCUCGAAAAUCGUUAAUAAAAAUGUACAAGAUUGUAUUUUCGAAAACAAA